AUGAGCGUACGCAACCGCAGCGGCGGGGCCUCCGCAGCAGCCGCGGAAGUGGGGAGAAGCGUGCGGAUGUGGUUGAAGCUCACGUCAAGCACCUGCAGCGCGCCGCUGCGCUGCAGGACGGAAGCCGCGCGGAAGAGCGGCGCGAGGUCCUCCAGUUUGUUGCGCGAGGCGUUCAGCACGCGCAGCGACGGCAGCGUCUCCACACCGGCGAGGCUGGUGAUUUCGUUGCGGCUCACAUCGAGCAUCACCACCCGCGUGAAGUUGGCGAGUGAGAUGGGCUGCACCGCCGUCGACAAAUCCGCUGGUGCCUCGAGGGAAGUGAGGCCGUUGCGGGAGAGCUGCAGCAUCCGCGCCUGGCACGCCACCUUGUUGCCACCGCCGUGCCGCGGCCUGGCAAGCGGGUGGUGCAAGCACGGCAGCACCUGCAGCUGCCGCUCAGCGCAAUCGAGCGUCUCCUUGCGGCCCCAAAUCGGCAGGAACACACACACGCCAUUUCUGGCGCACACGACGUUUUUGCCGUUGCCGCUGCUGCUAUUGUUGUUGUUGUUGCCGCUGCUGACGGACAGACGCGGCACGUACACCUUCGCCGCGGCUGCAUGUGCUGAUCGCGCCGCUGCCGGCACAUCGGUGCUGCUGCUGGCGCGCGCGAGUUUCUGCAGCGCCUCCUCGCGCGGGGCGAGACACGACGUCGACGUGUACGCACGCGCAAGCGCAUUUCCACGUGCCGCCGCGCAGCCGUCGCACGCCGCCGUCGGCACAUCGACCGCCUCGAUCGUGAUCGGCAUCACCGACGGGCGGACGGUCGCGGUGGUGGGUGUUAGAGGUCGCACACGCAGCGCGUCACUUCAACCUGCGCGAGGGUGA